AUGCGGGUAAGAGGCAAACUUUCGGAGUGGAUCGAAGACUUCUUGAUUGGUCGAUCUCAGAUUGUCCGUCUUGGUGACCAGCGAUCGGCGGCGUCGGUUGGGAAUAAAGUUACUAAGGACUCCGUUCGUGGCCCUAUCCUCUUCCUCAUGAAUAUUGAUGACUACAUCCGUGGGUUAGACUGUGAGAUUACCAUGUUUGCCGACUACAGAAAGCUUUGGAACGUCAUCCGCAACGAUGAUGAUGAUGAUGAUGGGGCAAAGAUACCGGCAGACAAAGAUAGACCCAAGCAAUGGUCAAAUCAGUGGCUCCUCCCGUUCAACGUUGCCAAAUGCAACAUUCUGCGAUCGGGAGCACCACCUCCGAGCGCCGGAAAAUGA